CAAGCCUUGUGACGUUGCCCUUUUUUUUAUCACAAGUCUUUUGCCGCUAUGACAUUAAAAGUAAACGAAGUUCUUUAGAAUUGUUCAGAACAACACAAAGCCAACGCGCAGCAACAGGAGCAGACCCCUGACACCGAUGACCAAGGCCGCAGAAGCAGCCAUUCCGAGAGGCGAAGCAGGAGACAUGGACACGUACGGCAAGGAAAUGCGUCCGCUGGCCGGCAAAGCAAAGGAGCCCUCCAAGCUGGACGACCUGGUGCAGUAUGUUAGCCUGCACGUGCGCAUCCCCACUCCGUUGACCGGCGUGGUGCUGCCCUUCGUGCCGCUCUACCUGUCCGCCUUCUACCUGUGGAUCCACGUGAGUGGAAAUGGCGAGGAAACCGAAACGUCCCAGCCCGAACUGGUCCCCGGUGAAAACCAGACGACCACAGAUCACGCAACCACCUGGAAUGACGUGGGCUUCAUCGGAGUGGUGGCCAUCGCCUUUCUGCACGUGCUCACCCUGCUCUUCUGCUACUGGAGCGUCCAUGUGCUGGCCUUUCUCACCUGCCGCCGGGUGAAGCUGCCCGGUGCCAAUGUGCUGGCCAAAGUGGUGCCCACCGCCAACAAUGGCAACUCCAAGAUAGUGCCCCUACGCACCUCAAAGCUGGAGGACGGCUCUACACAGUAUUUCCUGGUUUUCCAGAAGACCAAAUACGUUUGGAAUGAGGAUCGGAAGACGUUUCGUGCCGUCGAAUUCCCGGUGAAUGGACUGCUGAGCAGCUACGCGUCAUCACGAGGAUUGGAGACGGAGGAGGCCAUCAAACGGGCCACCCUGACCUACGGCAACAACGAAAUGGAAAUGGUGGUGCCUGAGUUUCACGAACUCUUUAUCGAAAGGGCCACGGCACCGUUCUUUGUGUUCCAGGUGUUCUCCGUCGGACUGUGGUGCAUGGACGACUACUGGUACUACUCCCUGUUCACGCUCUUCAUGCUGAUCGCCUUCGAGUGCACCAUUGUAAAGCAGCAGCUACGGAACAUGUCCGAGAUCCGGAAGAUGGGCAAUAAGCCGUACCUAAUCUACGCAUUCCGGCAGAACAAGUGGCGUCACAUCGGCUCCGAUGAGCUGCUGCCCGGGGAUUUGGUGUCGGUGACGCGCUCGCAGAACGACAACAUUGUACCCUGCGAUCUGGUCAUCCUUCGGGGCUCCUGCAUCGUGGAUGAAUCCAUGCUCACCGGCGAAUCUGUGCCCCUGAUGAAGGAGUCAUUGGAGUCGCUCGAUAAUCUGAACGUUGAAAUGGACGCCGAGGGAGAUGGCAAGCUGUUUGUGUUGUUUGGUGGCACUAAAGUAGUCCAGCAUACUGCACCCACAAAGGAAUCGCUUCGAGCUCCUGAUGGUGGCUGCAUUGGCUAUGUGAUUCGCACUGGUUUCAACACAUCGCAGGGCAGGCUUCUGCGGACGAUCCUGUUCGCCGCAAAUCGCGCCACGGAGAACAAUGCGGAGACCUUCGCUUUCAUUGCCUUCCUGAUGGUCUUUGCCGUGGCCGCCGCAUCAUAUGUGUGGGUGAAGGGCAGCGAAGAUUUGGAGCGCAGUCGUUACAAGCUCUUCCUAGAGUGUACCCUCAUCCUGACGUCCAUUAUCCCGCCGGAUCUGCCCAUCGAGCUGACGCUGGCCGUGAACACAUCUUUGAUCCAGUUAACCAAAUUGUUUGUGUUCUGCACAGAGCCCUUCAGGAUUCCUUUCGCCGGCAAAGUGCAAAUUUGCUGCUUUGACAAGACGGGAACCCUGACAACCGACAAUCUCAUGGUGGAGGGCAUUGCAGGAUUGGCUCCCAACGGAGCUUGUGUGCCCAUUGAAGAGGCGGAGGCUAAUACGGUUCAGGUGCUCGCCUGCUGCCACUCACUGGCUCUGCUGGACGACGGAUUAGUGGGAGAUCCACUGGAAAAGGCCACGCUAGCGGCAGUGGAUUGGACGCUCACCAAAAUGGAUAGCGUCAUUCCCAAGCGUCCGCAGUUCAAGCCCCUGAAGAUCAUCCAGCGAUACCACUUUUCAUCGGCGCUCAAGCGAAUGUCGGUUCUAGCCGGCUACCUGAUGCCCUAUUCCAACGAGGUGAAGCACAUAGGAGCGGUGAAGGGAGCUCCCGAGGUUAUUCAGACAAUGCUGCGCGAAGUGCCCUCGGACUACGAGAAGGUUUAUUUGGAGUACGCCCGGCGCGGAGCUCGGGUUCUGGCUCUUGGUAUUAAGGGGUUCGGCACCUUGGGGUCUCACCAAAUUCGAGAGUUGAAGCGUGAAGAAGUGGAGUGCGAUCUUACCUUCGCCGGAUUCGUGAUCAUCUCCUGUCCCAUGAAGCCCGAUUCCAAGUCGGUGAUCAAGGAGCUCAUUCAAUCCUCACACAAGGUGGUGAUGAUCACGGGCGACAGUCCGCUAACCGCCUGCCAUGUGGCCCGAGAACUGCGCUUCACACGCAAGAAGCUGCUCAUCCUGACGCCGCCCGAUCUGGAAGUGAAGUCCCCCUGGCGUUGGGUGUCCAUCGACGGGGAUCAAACCUACGAACUGGAUAUCAAGAAGGGUAGCAAGGGUCUCUCAAUGUUGCUGGGCACGCACGACCUUUGCAUCACCGGCGAGGGACUGCAGCAUCUGCAGCAGCAUCAGCAACAGUACAUGCGUCAUUUGCUGCCCCUAAUCACGGUGUGUGCUCGCUUUGCGCCGAAGCAAAAGGAGUUCGUGAUCACACAGCUGAAGCAGCUGGGAUACUGCACUCUGAUGUGCGGUGACGGUACCAACGAUGUCGGAGCCCUUAAGCACGCCAACGUGGGCGUCUCCCUGCUGACCAGUGCUCCGGUGAAGCGGAAGCGCACCGAGGAGGAGCAGCAGCAGGCAGCGGCGGCGGCCAAUGCAGCUGCAGCAGCCGCUCAGGCAGCAGCGAUUGCCAACCAGCAGUUGACGCCUAGGGAGCGGGCACUGCGUCGGCGGCAGGAGCAUAUCAACCAGACACAAGCGCGCCUCCAGAACGCACUACGCGACAUGGAGGAGCAGACGAUGGUCAAGUUGGGCGACGCCUCCAUUGCGGCGCCCUUUACCAGCAAGUCCUCUUCGAUCAUGUGCGUUAACCAUAUCAUCAAGCAGGGUCGCUGCACGCUGGUGACCACGCUCCAGAUGUUCAAGAUCCUCGCUUUGAACGCCCUCAUUCAGGCCUACUGUCAGUCCGUGCUCUAUAUCGAUGGCAUUAAGUUCAGCGAUACCCAGGCCACCAUGCAGGGCAUCUUCAUAGCCGCCUGCUUUCUUUUCAUCACACGAGCUAAGCCACUGAAAACGCUGUCCAAGGUGGCACCACUGCCAAACAUCUUUAAUUUCUACACGAUUUCUACCAUACUAAGCCAGUUUGCGGUGCACUUUGGAACGCUUUACUACCUGACCAGCCAGGCCAACAUCCUGGCACCACCCAGAGUGGGCAAAGUGAAGUUGUACAUUGACAUGGAUGCUGAGGAGAAGACAAAAUAUGAUCCGAACAUUGUGAGCAGCACAGUCUAUAUCAUUUGUUUAUCAUUGCAAGUGGCCACCAUUGCGGUCAAUUAUAAGGGACAUCCAUUCAUGGAAAGCCUACGCUCCAACCGCAUGCUGAUGUAUGCAAUCGGAGCUUCAGCGACUUUGGUAAUUCUUCUGUCCACGGGCCUGGCGCCCGAAUUGACGGAAUUCUUUGAGAUAAUCGAUUUCCCAACAGAUUUCCGCAAAACUUUGCUCGGGGUACUGAUUCUGGAUAUCAUGGGGGCCUUCGUUUUGGACCGCAUUUGCUCAUUCCUUUUCGGGGAAACGCGCCGCAAAUCCAAAGUGCUGAAUUGUUAGGACCAUUUAAUAAUUAGUACUAGAAAAGGAUCGACUUCAACAACCUAACGUUCCAAAAGAUAGAUAAUCCUUUCCUUUUUUAUUUUUAUUCCCCCCCCAAUGGUAAACGACUUAACGUUUGUAAUGGCGUCGGUUUCUUAAACGUUUAAAUUCCGCAUCUAAGAAUCAAAAUAAUGCAUUUAAAGUGUAUUAUCAGGCAAAUGUAUUAUCGGGCAGCCUAUAUCAUUUUAAUUUGACAAAGCAAGAAUUUUCGAUUUCUUUGACUCCCGUAUAUGCAAAUAGUGAAAUUGUCGUAAUAUUUGUAAUGCUAAUAAAGAUAGAGAAAAGUUAAAAAAUGA